AUGACCGUCGGAAUUGCAGUCAUUGGUAGCGGCAUCUUUGUCCAAGAGGCUCAUCUCCCUGGUAUCAAAGCCAACGGAGACCUCUUUUCGCUCAAGGCCAUCUACUCCCGCAGCCUGUCCUCAGCCCAGAAGCUCUCCAAAGAAGUCGAAUCGUCCAGUCCCGACCUCUACGCCGAAGAUGCUGGCUCAGACAAGUCAUACGCCAAACUCCUAGAACGUUCAGACGUCGAAGCCGUGGUCAUCGCUCUCCCUAUCCUUGCUCAACCCGACUUCAUCAAGAAGGCCUUGUCUGCUGGCAAGCAUGUGCUUUCUGAGAAGCCCGUCGCAAAGGACCUGGCAACUGCCCACGAGCUGAUUGACUGGUACCACAAGAACAUUGACACCGAGAAGACCAUCUGGGCCGUCGCUGAGAACUUCCGCUACCUCGGUCGCUUCCAGUACGGUGCUGAGCAGGUUAAAGAGCUGGGUGAUAUCUUGGGCUUCCGUCUUCGUAUGCACGCCAAUGUCCAGCCUGGAGCCAAGUACUACGAGACGGAGUGGCGCAAGACCCCUGAGUACCAGGGGGCCAAGAUGUCCCAAGUCGCCGCCUUCACAGCUCAAUUGCAGCCUCAUCUUCCCCCUCUUGAUACCAUCAACGCCACUGUCAAGCUUGCAAACGGCCGCUCUGGCACAUUCAGCGUCAGCUUCGGCACCACCUUCUCCGGCGCCGAAUACGUAGUCGCGUGCCAAAACGGUACCGUCGACGUCGGCUUCGACACGACCAUUGUUAAGAAGGGCAAUGACGAGUCUUCGAAGGACUUCCCAGAGGACAAGAAUGGCGUGAGGCAAGAGCUCAAGGCUUGGGGAGAGAGUAUCUCGCGAGGCAAGGCCGAUCCUCUACAAUCUCCUGAGGAAGCUUUGGCAGAUUUGGAAGUGGCCAUGAUCAAGAGUGGUGAAGCUGAUGGCAAGGCCGUUGAGCUCAAGCUCCAAUAA